AUGGAAUCCCGAUCACGAAGAAUAAUGAAUCUACUUAAAUCACCAAGUCACCAUAGAUUGGAUUGCGACAGAGAGAAAGAUCUUUGUUUGGGAACUGAAAAUAUUUGUAACGAAGAAAAAGAGAACACACCAUUAGAACUUAUUAGUCCAAAAAAAAAAUCAAGUUGUGUUACCCAGCAACCAAUUGAUUAUGAUAGUUGUAAGGAGAUGAGUGACGAAGUAAUAGGAAAUAUAAAUGUCAUGACCUCUCCUCAGAAACCUAUCACGCGCCGUCUUUCUAGCUCAAGCUCGUCCAGCUCUAGUAGCUCUAGCAAUUCUAGAUCUAGCAGCAGUAACUCAAGUAUUACUUCAUCUAGUACUAGUUCUUCUAAUGCUCAUAACACAGGGCGACGACCUUUAGAUGAAAACACCGAUCCACUGCAAGAUAGUUCUAGACAUACAAACGCCGAUCCACAGCCAGGUACAUCUAGAGAUGAAAACGCCGACCCUCAGCCACGAACUUCUAGAGACAAUUUUUCUCCACCAUCCAUAUUGACACCAAUUUGCAACGAUUUGCCAUUGGUUCGACCCCGAACAGCGCGAUUUAUGUUCAACGAACAGUUCUUCGGUGGAGAUGGCUACCCUAUUUUUAUACUGGUAGGCGGAGAAUGGACUAUUGUAGCGGGCUGGCUGCUAGCUGGUAACAUGUACCUAAUGGCUGAAGAAAACCGCGGCUACAUGAUAUAUACUGAACAUCGCUACUAUGGAGAAACACUACCGUAUCAGGAGUUCACAGCUCAAAACCUACGAUUCUUGAAUGUGGACCAGGCCCUGGCAGAUCUUGCGUAUUUCAUUCUAGAACUGAAAAAACAGCCAAGAUUUACCAAUAGCAAAAUCAUCCUUUACGGUGGAUCCUACGCGGCCAAUAUGGUGCUAUGGUUCAAACAGCGAUACCCUCAUUUGGUUGAGGGAGUUGUAGCUUCCAGCGGACCUAUUAAAGGAAAAGUUGACUUUGCAGGUAAUUUAUAUAAAAAUUCUCUCAGAUUUACUAUUAACCCCUUGUUUGAUAAGGAAAUUGAAAGCUAUUUGGACCAAAUUAAUGAUGGAGCCAGAUUUGAAGAUGACCUUGAGGCUUCAGAUCAAGAAGAUGAAGAUUUUUACCCGAACAGAGAAGAUUUACUCUGUGAAUUUCAGAGCCCUGUAGAUGAGGAGAAUGAUGACAUUGAUGAUGAUCCACCCGUGACAGAAGAUCCGUCAGCCACCUCUGAAAGAGAACAAGAUCCUCAGGUUGCCUUUCCCCCAACAACUCAAGCUAUUCGAAGGGCAACAAUGAAGGGACUUGUAUGGAAAGUUAAAAAAAUGGUUUUUAAUCCUGACCAAAUUACUUUUUGUGGAAAUACUACAUACCCCAAAGAACUGAGGGAUCAAGCAGCUGUGGGUUUUGAACCAAUAAAGAAAUUAAUGACUGUCAAUCGAUUUGAGACUAUUUGCAGAUUUAUUCACUUCAAUGAUAAUGAAAAACAUUUGCCCAGGGAACACACACACCAUGAUUGA